AUGGAGGCAGAGAAUGGUCAACUUAAAGAAGUGAGAAACAUUCACUGUUUGCUGUGCAAUGCCAACAAGCCAUUCAAAGGUUUUUUAUCGCAUAUCCGACAAAAGCAUCUCGAUUACAAACGCUACAAAUGCACAAAGUGUGCAUUUAAAACUGAUGAUGAAGAUGACAGUAUUUUGCAUCUUUUCGAAAAAAACCAUGAUCUAAAGUUCGAUAAUGCUAAUUACCAAGAACACUUGGCAGUUAAGAUCUUCCAAGACUGCUGUCGUGAGCAAUUUGCUAUUCGAAAUGAGAUGGGAAAGCAAAAAAACGUUAUCUCAGGUUUAUUGAAACAUGAAGUAAAUUUGCAAACAAUGUCGGAAAAUCGAAGGGAUUGUGGAAUCGUUUCAAAUUCAACAAAAUGCAUAAAUAAUGAGGAAAAUCCUGAAUCCAGAAUUUGCAUCACCAAAAUCCUUCCUAAGGCUACUGCUGGUUAUAAUGAACCCUGCAAAUUAUCAGAACCUGAUGACCAAACACUGUAUGCUUUUGAAUUGUUCUCUGGUGCGUUGGAAAAUACUGAAACCACCAGUUCUUACAACCUUCCAAAUGCUCUUGCUGUUAAUAAUGUUUCAACUGAUGAAGAAAAUACUUCAGUUUCACGAGUUGUAACAUCGCAGCUCAAUACUAUAUGUCAUAAAUGCGGAAAGAACGUAGGUGUCGAUUACAUUGCUAAGAAAACGCAUGCUUUGCAAUUUCACUUUACCCAAGAUGACGAUCCGGAAAUUGCCGAAUUGUUACCAGCUACUAUAAAAGCUUGCUUUCCCCAGUCUUUAUCUUGGAGUGAUUAUCAGUGCACGGAGUGUGGAAAGGCAUUAGGAACAUAUGGAAGUCGAAGAAAUCAUGUUUUAAAAGAACAUUUUUAUUGGUCUGCUUUCUGUCCACUCUCUGGUUGUACGGCCGUUAUCAGUGCUCUUGAUAAUUCAGAAGAACAUUUCAAGUUAGAGCAUAAUAUUUCGAAGUUGGAAAUGUCAAAAGAAUUAAAACAGAAACUGAAGAAGAUGAAAAGUGACCGAAAAAAUGACUUAAAUCGCAAGUUAAAUUGCUGCUUUCCCUGCUCAUUGCCACCGAAGAGACAAGUUGCCCUCAAUGGGUCAGCAUAUGAUAGCAAGCAUUUACCGAAACCAAGCAUUACAUCUGUUCUCUCUUCCCUCCUACAUUCUCAGCCCAUUAACAUCGCGAAGAAAAAAAGCUUUACAUACUCAUCAUCAGAUACUGAAUCAAGUUCUGUAGAGGAUGAAAGUGAUUCAGGGAUAAAAGGCGAUGAGCAUGAUAUAGUGAGUGAAAAAGGUGGCGAAGGAUCUUUUGGAAUUUCAUACGGAGACACAUCUUGUGAAAACGUUGGACCAACCGUCGAUUCCUAUGCUAAAGCAUUUGCUGUCAUUAUGUCGAAUUACGCGGAAAGUAUGCAUGGGAAGACAGAUGAGAAUAUGCUAGUUUUGGAAUAUUGUACGCAGCAUCGCGGAUGUCUUUGGAAGAAAUUGUUGAGUGUUUCCAAUUCAUAA